AGGCGGGACUUCCGGCCCGCUGUUCCGUCAGCUGCCUUUCCCGGGCGUCUCCCCGCAACCUCCUCAACUUCCCUUGUCCGUGACGCGGCGCCUGGGAGAAAUCCGACGGGACGGGGGCCGGGGGGAGCGUGACCUCACCACUGCAGACUGGAAUAAGCAAAAAGAUCAACCAAAAUGGACUUUAACAGGAUAAUGACCAACAAAAGGAAUAAAUGUGUUUCUACACAACCUCAGCUCGAAUGCCCUGGUGUGCCAAAAGGAAAUGCCUCCUGAGUUAAAAGAAGAUGGAUGCUCAGAGUUCAGCCAAAGUCAACACAAGAAAGAGGAGGAAAGAGGUACCUGGACCCAAUGGGGCAACAGAAGAAGAUGGAAUUUCUUCAAAAAUGCCACGCUGUGCAAUUGGCUUACAGCAGCCAGCUCCUUUUUCUGAUGAAAUUGAAGUAGACUUUAGUAAGCCCUAUGUCAGGGUAACUAUGGAAGAAGCCAGCAGAGGAACUCCUUGUGACCGGCCUGUGAGAGUUUAUGCAGAUGGAAUAUUUGACUUAUUUCACUGUGGUCAUGCCCGGGCUCUGAUGCAAGCAAAGAACCUUUUCCCUAAUACAUACCUUAUUGUAGGAGUUUGCAGUGAUGAGCUCACACACAACUUCAAAGGCUUCACAGUGAUGAAUGAAAAUGAGCGCUAUGAUGCCGUGCAGCACUGCCGCUAUGUGGAUGAGGUGGUGAGGAAUGCCCCCUGGACCCUCACGCCAGAGUUCCUCGCGGAACACCGGAUUGAUUUCGUAGCCCAUGAUGACAUUCCUUAUUCUUCUGCUGGGAGUGAUGAUGUUUAUAAGCACAUUAAGGAAGCAGGCAUGUUUGCUCCAACACAGAGGACAGAAGGUAUCUCAACAUCAGACAUCAUCACCCGAAUUGUCCGGGACUAUGAUGUGUAUGCCAGACGGAACCUACAGAGGGGCUACACGGCAAAGGAGCUCAAUGUCAGCUUUAUCAAUGAGAAGAAAUACCACUUACAGGAGCGGGUUGACAAAGUAAAGAAGAAAGUGAAAGAUGUGGAGGAGAAGUCAAAAGAAUUUGUUCAGAAGGUUGAAGAAAAAAGCAUUGACCUCAUUCAGAAAUGGGAGGAGAAAUCCCGAGAAUUCAUUGGAAGUUUCCUGGAAAUGUUUGGUCCAGAAGGAGCACUGAAACAUAUGCUGAAAGAGGGGAAAGGCCGGAUGCUGCAGGCCAUCAGUCCAAAGCAGAGUCCCAGCAGCAGCCCCACUCGGGAACGCUCCCCCUCCCCGUCUUUCCGAUGGCCCUUCUCUGGCAAGACUUCCCCGCCGUCCUCCCCAGCAAACCUCUCCAGGCACAAGGCUGCAACCUAUGACAUCAGUGAGGACGAAGAAGACUAAGUUUUCAUCCCUCCUUUCCUCUCCCUUCCCUCUGUCCCAUAACCUUCGGAAGCUCUCGGUUGAAUUCCAAAUUGUGAUCCCAACACUAAACCUAAGGACAGCUACAAAAGAAAGAAAGUUGGGGCAGGAGGACCUAGGAUGGGAUCAGCCCAUCCUCCAAGAGGCGUCACCCAUUCACACCAAGAAGGAGGCUGAGUACACCUUAGAAGCCUGUUCUGCAUCCAUAUUCCCUCUUCACAGACUUUGCUUUACUGUUUAUGUUCAUGUGAUCUUGACAGGAAAUUGUCAUUUUUAGUAAUUUUUUAAAAAUCAGUCUUUCAAAUGUUAUAAGUAACUGAUUUUUUGCCCCUGAGGAGUGGGCACAAGGAAGUGGUGUAUUACCCAGAGGCCUUUUCUUCCUGAUACACUAUAGUGUUGCCUUCUGUUCUGAGGCAAAGUGGCUUGCCAAGUCCUUCAAGCAAUGACCUGCUUAUGAGUGAUUUCAUGGGGAGGGGCAAAUAGCAUAAUUUUGGCGUCCUUAAAAAAAAAAAGCUAAAAGCUGAGUAAGCUCAGCCACAAAUCACCUAAAUGUACUGCUGGCACCUGUGUCAAUGUGGCUUGAGAAGAAGGAGAUCUGAGCCUAACUUUUCUUACUCCCUGAGGAGUUUCAUAUUGGACCCAAUGGGGUCCAUGGAAGACACUGAUGGGGAUGGAACCAGACCACAUGGCAUCAUCUGCGGUUUCCCUGCUGUGUUCAUCUUCCCAGAAAACUCUGUUGCCCAGUUAUUUGGGAGCUCUGAUCAAUCUCAUUCCUGCAGUCUACCUUUGAAGGAAGGAAUGCUUUCAGGUUUAUUGUGAUUGAGGAGGGGAGUGGGGCACUACUCAAUCCUAUACAGGGUCAAUUCAGGUUAAUUUUCCCAGACAGGAGUAGGUCCCUGGCCCUGAUACUCCUAUUUCAAUGCUUUAUUACCUAGCUUUUUGCAAAGGGUACUUUGUAAAUGUCUGCAGUUUGAACAUGAUCUGUUAAUCCAUGUUGCUCAAAGCCAUACUGAAUAUUUGGAGAAAUUUUGCACAGAAUUUAAACACAGAAGCGUAAGGAAACACCCCCCUUUCUGAAGCCUUAUCUUGAACUCUGCCCCUCUUAAGAAAGUUGUGGGGUUUUUUUUGUUUGUUUGUUUGUUUGUUUUCUUAAAGUUCUUGACUGGAACUAGUGCUCCAGGUAGUGUUCCUUUUCCUCUGAGAGUUGCAGCUGGUGGGGACUUCCCUCCCCUGCCCCUCCAGCAGGCCACAAAGCAUGGGUUCACAUUACAAGAGUAUGGUAGGUUCUCUCUCUUCCCCAUGUGUGCCUGCUGGUUAUGGUGCCACUUCCCCUGUUAGGUUGCCCCUGGGGAUUCACCACUUAUAUUUCCCAUCAGAGAUGCUGAAGCUUAACACUUGCAGUUGAGUGUGAGCUCAUUUGAAACCUCUAGCAUUCUACAGCUACAUGACCUAGCAGACUGUCAUCUUCAAUAGUCCUGUAGCUGGGUUCAGGGGAAAACUGCUUAUGUCCAGGCCCCACCCUGUCACUCAUAAAUACCCCUUGUGGGGGUGGAAUUUUGAUGUUUUCAGUGUUCGAAAACCACAUUUUAUCUUUCCUUGCCCCUGUGCUAGGGCUGUGAGCAUCUCAUAGUCUCCUCUCUAAAUACUUUGUGAUAAAACCUGCUCUUCUGCCUGAGGAUCAGAGGCUAGAAUCACUGCCUGCCUGCGCAGCAGGACUACCUUGGUUCCUAAAAUUCUAAUCACGCAGAGAGGCAGAGUAGAGACACAAAGAGAGGGAAAUCUCUUGUUGUCGUGACGGCCUAUGAAAACUGCAUUUCUGACUCUUCUCAUGAAGUGCUAUUUGUGCUAUCAAAUCUGGUUUACUUGAGCUUUGGCUUAGAAUCCUUCUUUUGAAACAGUUCAAGUUACUGUUUUCCUGCAUUAGCCAGCUUCAUAGGAUCACAUAUUUUAACUUUGCUGCUUCAGUCUUCCUUCUUUGGGAAUUUUGCCUAUUAUUCUCCCUGGUAUAGAAACAUGACGACGUCAUUACUGAGGCUCACCUAUGUGUUCCCUCAAAGUACACGUUAGCCAAAUGUAUUUGGCAAGGGAGAUGCUCAGAAUGUGGUUUUCCUCCCUGCAGUCAGUCCUCUCAAGCAUACUGCCUGGGACCUCUUCCUCUGCUCUAUCAGUGGGCUCUUUUUCACAUUCCCUGCUCUUGGAAUAUAACAGCUGUGCUGGGAAGCUCUGUGAGACUACCAGGGCCAGCAUAUGCACGUGUUCUUGGAAAGCCCUCUCGUCCCUUUUGACAAGACUACAGUCUCAGUCUCCUAACACCAGUGCAUCUUCAAAUAAUUGUGACUUUAAGCAAAAUCUUUUAUGGUGUGGCAUAUUUGCUUCUUUGGGAUAAAUGUGAUCCUAAGUGCUGGACAAGGAUGGGUGGAGGGAGGAAGCUGUUGGGAUGAUGCAUUAUUUGAUUGUGCCUAAUUCAAUGAAGUUAGUUGUUUGCCUACCAUGACCAUGCCUGUGAUCUGUAAAUCUUUGAAUAUUAAUUUUAAUAUUAACUGGUAAUAUUAGUUUCUAAUUAGCUGUUUCCCUGAAUCCCACACACAAAGCAAUAGGCCAAAUGUAGCAGAGAUGGGAGAGCCUUAAAAGUUGGUUGGUUUCAGAGCGCAGUGUGUAAGACCGAAGAAUGGAGACAGAUGCUCAGGAGUUGGUGCCGAGGAGGUGCUUCCAGCAGUUAUCUUGAGAUGGCUGGGCAGAAAGCUUGCUCUUUUCCUGCACUAGACUCUGGAGCACUGAGGAACAGAGAUUGAAGCUUUCGAGGAACAGAAAUGGAUCGUUCGUACUACUGUGGCUGUUUCUGAUAGCUAGAGCCAAAGACCAUUAUUUUGCUGAGGCUUAGUUAGGUAAGAAGGGUGGGGAUAUGAGGAGGCUGAAGAUCCUAAAUGAGAAAAAACACGAAGGAGGUCAAGAGAACUUUUGACUUUUUCUGAUUGCCGAUAACCCGGCACCUGAGUUAGAUUCUUCUUUUACUUGUGACCACACAGCUGGUCAAGCAGCUUCUGGAUGGUCCCUCUACAGUGGUUCUUCACAGUGCUUUUGCUUCGCCAGAUUAUCUUGGUUUGUGGGUAGCUUCUGUUUUUCUGGAGCUGAUUGCCUUUUUGACUCUGUUCUAGAUCUCAUGUCAAAAAUCUUUCCAAAUCAAUUAUAUUUUGCUGCUUCUCUUUAAUUCCCUAAAAGCCAUAGCUUCUACCUUUUCUGUCAUCACACACUUUCACCAGAAGUUGAACUAAUACAGGUAGGAAAAAAUACUCCCUUAAUAAUGUUUUUAACUAAUGGUAUUUUUUUUAAGCUUACCAAUAUAAGUAUUUUUAAAGGUUGUAUUUUGCAAAGUCAUACAAUGAUUGUUCUUGUUUUCUCUCAUAGAAUAAUAGAUUGUCAUGAGAUAAAGAGUGGUCCCUAGCUUCUAUUUUUCCAAAUAAGUAGAACAUGUCCUUGGGAUUAUAUUAUUAAAUGUUAAUUUUCUUUAAAAGAAGGAAAGAUUUUCUGUCUGCCAAAGUUUUAUGUUAAUACUCAGAUUGGGGUAGAGAACAAAAGUGCUAGGUGUAACACUGGGAUGACUCAGGUUGUGUCCCUUUAGGUUUAAAGAGGGUUUUCCCACCCUUCUUAGGGGGCACCGACUGUUUUAAACACAGAGACUCGAUCAGUUGGGUUGUCUUGUAUCGAGGAUGCUCAAAAGAAAAAGGCAUGUUGGGAAGAAAUGCUGGCCUUGGCAUGAAUGUUAGCCUCAUCCCCAGUGCCAGCAACCCACAGGACGUUUCCUCAAUCGGUGUUCAGUGUAUUGUUUUCCUAUGUGAGUGUUACUAAUUGGUUCAGAGUUAUUUUGGCCUUUGUCAUUUAGCCAAAUAAAGGCAAAGUGGUUUUACCUA